AUGUGUGAUUACAAUCGAACGUGGCGUUUAAUAAUAUUAUAGGCUGUAGCACUACAAUCAGUUUUAAUUUUAGUUUAAUUUUAUUUUAUGUAGUAUUUAUAUUUUAAUGAUAUCAAAAUUUGCAGCUAAACAUUUUGAAGUACCUUUCUUUUAUAAUAGUGGGUGACGGGUAUUGUAAGAUUGAUCAUGACGUGUUCUGUUUAGUGCUAGAUUUGUAUAUUAUACCUAGAAAUUAAGAUUAACAGUUAUCUUUAAAGUAUGUCGUCUUCUGGAGACUUCGGUAAUCCUCUAAGAAAAUUCAAAUUGGUGUUUUUGGGAGAACAAAGCGUGGGUAAAACAUCACUCAUUACAAGGUUCAUGUAUGAUAGUUUUGACAACACAUACCAGGCUACUAUUGGUAUUGAUUUUUUGUCUAAAACUAUGUACCUUGAAGAUAGAACUGUAAGAUUACAGCUAUGGGAUACUGCUGGACAAGAAAGGUUUCGAAGUCUCAUUCCUUCAUAUAUAAGAGAUUCAACAGUUGCAGUUGUUGUUUAUGAUAUUACAAAUGCUAAUUCUUUUCAUCAAACAUCAAAAUGGAUAGAUGAUGUUCGAACCGAACGGGGAAGUGAUGUAAUUAUUAUGUUGGUUGGAAACAAAACUGAUUUAACCGAUAAAAGACAAGUAUUGGCUGAAGAUGGAGAGCGAAAAGCCAAAGAACUUAAUGUCAUGUUUAUUGAGACUAGCGCUAAAGCUGGUUAUAAUGUGAAACAAUUGUUCAGAAGAGUAGCAGCCGCACUACCUGGUAUGGAUGUAGCUGAAAAUAGGCCCCCUGAAGACAUGCAAGAAGUCGUGCUUAAAGAUACACCAAAUGAUGCAGCAAAUCCAGAGAAGAGUUGUGCAUGUUAAAAUAAAAUAGUGAAAAAGAAAUACUUUACAAUCCAUCCAAUUUUUAUGUAAAAUAAGUUAAAAAAAAAAAAAAAGACUAACUUUUUUCUAAGUAGUAAUACUUUUUUUUUGGUCUACAUUUAUGUAUUGUGUACAUAAUAAAGAGAGACCUGUAUUAAUAUUUGGUUUUAAGUUUGAUAAAUUCAUAUAAGAAAUUAGUAGCCUAAUUAAAACAAAAUAAGAUUAUAAAAAAGGGAUUGGAAAAAUGACUAUUUCACUCAACAUUCCCAGAACGUUUACAAAUCUAUAUUUUUUUUUUUUGUCAACAAUUAUUUUUAUUUAUUUCACAAUUAUUAAAAUUUAUUAAUAGUAUUGUGGUAAAUAUUAUUGUAAAUAUAUUUUAUAGUUUAAAACUUAUUAUCGCCUUUUAUUUUUAAUUAUUUUCUAAUAAUACG